AUGUGUAAGGUGCCAGGCACCAAAGGUAUUUUGGAGUUCCACGAGUGGAAGAAAGUUGAGCCUAAGGGGAAGCCUCUUACUCAGGUGUGGCUGCGUUUCUCGGGGGCACCGUCUGAGGCUCUUUCUGAUGUGCGUGUGGUGGCUAGUUUGGGGAUUAUGGUUGGUAAGACGGAGAAAGUGGAUAUGGCGUUCACUAGAGCUCAGGGGGUGGCUCGACUGCGAGUUAGCAUUCUGGAUAUUGAGUAUGUCCCAGACGUCAUCAACUGGACCUAUAGAGGCGAGGUGUUUCCAGUUGAUAUUGAGUUUGAGGAUGCAGAGUUGUUUGCUGAGGUUGCUGCUGGCACUGACGUGGAUAUGCACGAUGGGGGUGAUGAUACAGGUGCUCCCAGGGAGCAGGCGGAUGAGGCAGCACAGGAGCCCAAUGGAUCGGGGCCUGCUGCUCAGGAGCCGGAGAACGGAGCCGGGAUGGAGCAGUCCCCGGCUUCGUCUUUGCCUCAUAACUCACUGCGGUUUGGAUCUUUUCUGCCGUCGUCGGCGCCUCCUCGUCUGUGGAGUGAUCGGGUUGACUCUGACGAUGCGUUCGAGCAUUCGCUACCGGUCUUGGACUUUGGGCGGUCACCCCGGCAGUCGGCCAGCUUCAGUGCCCGUGUUGUUCAAGAGGUGGAGCCUCAGGAGUCGCCAGGGCGAUCUAGGUCUUCGGUUUCCUUGCGGAGGGGAGGGGCGUCUGGGCAGGUGGCCACGACUCCCUCUUAUUCUUCUGUUUCACAGCAGGCGGCGCAGGUACCUGUGUCCAGCCGGGGCGACAUAUCUUUGGGGCAGGAGGCCCUGGAGGUCCGUCUCGCGGGAGCCUCGUUGGUGGUGGGGUCGCCGGAGGUGCUAGGCAGGCGUCAGGGGCAGGUGGCCCCUGACCCUCUAGUACCGACGGCGGUCCUGCAGGUGGAGCGCACGGCUGCCACGGCGUCGGCUGGGGGGGUCGGACUAGGGCAGGAGGCCCUGGUGCCAACUCCGUCAGGCAUCUCCACAUCUCCUACGCGGUCCCCCUCUCCCAGACCUACUCCGGGAGCCGCUACUCGGGAGGAGGUGAUCGCGUUCGGAGGGAUCCGAGACCCUGCUUCCGAGGGGAGGCGGACGAGCUCUCGUCUCCAGGACCUUCCGGAGGUUGAUGAUUUGCAGCAGAGGUGCGCUAUGCGGGCGGCCAAGCUGCGUGAUGUGGAGAGCACAACAGGUUAUCUUCCGAGCAACGGCUCUUAUCCGUUCCUGGUCGCUACUCACUCCGACGGAGGCCAGGGAGCUUUUGGUUACUGCUGCUAUCCGAUGGGAGAUGGUAGCUCGGGAUAUAUUCAGCCGGUUUGGAUGGCGGUCGUGUAACAGGAUAGGCAAUUAGUUUACCUGUCUAUUUUGGAGCCAAACGGCUGUGAUGUAUAAGUGCUUUGGCUAGCUUGUGUAUCUAGCCUUCGGGCUCUGUGUGAGCCUUUUCUUA